AACUCCCUCCGUCCUUCCCUCCACACCUCCUCCUCCUCCAGCUGCAAUUCAGGAUACACAGCUCACCUCACACAAACAACAGCCAUGGCGACACGGCGGCGCUGCAGCCACCUAUCAGCCGCAGCACUCCUGCUGGCCGUGUGUCUCUCCUUGUCUCCGUCUCUGGCCACGGCACAGACGGCGGCGCCGGGGGCGACGCAGAGCAAGUGCCAGGGCGACAUGGCGCACCUGACGGAGUGCAUGGACUACGCGACGGGGCACGAACCGAGCCCUUCCUCCACGUGCUGCGGCGACAUCUCGGACACGCAGAAGGCGCGGCCGGAAUGCCUGUGCUACAUCAUCCAGCAGGUGCACGGCGCCGGGCAAGCGCACGGCACCCAGCAGCUCGGCCUCCGCUUCGACCGCGUCCUCGCGCUCCCCACGGCCUGCAAACUCGCCGGAGCCAACGUCUCCCUCUGCAUCAACCUGCUGCACCUGACCCCGAGCUCACCGGACUACGCCAUGUUCUUAAACGCCUCCAAGAUGACGCCGUCGACGUCCGCCCCGAUGAGCGACAGCGCCGCCGCCGGUUCCAAGGCUCCGGCGGGGCUCCGCUACGGCGUCGUGGCGGCGGCGGUGGUCUCCGCAGUCUUCUCGUCCAUCUUCUGAGAACAGAGAUAGUAGUAUCUCUCUGAAGAACGUGCAGAUGGACGUCUUCUUUUCCUUUUUUACCCGGCCUCUCACGUUUCUUCAGUUCUGCCACGAUCUAUCUCUGCACUGUUUGUUAUAUCCAUACUCUGCAAUUUCCCACGCAAUGACGACGAUGCUUUCUCGGUUGGUUAGCUUAUUACUCAUCGCUCAAUUGUUACUGUUUUUCCUUCUUGUUUAUUUUCACCCCGGAUAAAAUAGAUCGAGAUUUGAGACCAGCAUGUGUGUGUUUGUUUUGAACUGAAUUUUUCUUUUGAGCU